GGGUGGUCGGGUGGGUCGGGGAGGGUAAAUAUCCCGAGGCCUGUAAAGAUGUGGUUGGAAGGGUUCGUGACCUCAUGAAAGGGUUGGUUGGGAGGGGAGGGUAUUGUAGAGAAGAGAAGGGAGGGAUCUCACGGGUGUCUGGUCACGUCUGGUCACGCCUUCUCCACUGACGGAAUCCUGAACAAAUUCCCCUCAACUUCACAGUCGUCAUCGCUCCACUCAUUACGUGUCUGGAUACGGAAGGGUGGACCCGAGCUCGGUUGACUAAAUCCGAUACACGGGAAAACCAGAGGGAAGAUUAGCUCGGGUGUGAAUAUAAAGGGUUGUUGGCAAACAAUAUUUGUUGGCAUACUGUGCAAACAGCUGAGAUUUCAGGUACUGAGUGAGAGCAUCUGAAGUUCCUGUCAACAGAAAGUUCAGGGCUGGAGAGACCAUUAAACUGUGUUUGUGAGUCUUGCAAAGCUGAGUGUGGAAUAAUUUCAAGGAGACUGAAAUAUGAAGAUCCUGUGGCUACUGACAGUGGCAGUGCUGACACCUGAACAUCCCUGGCAGUCAUCUUCCGGUUUGGUUGUCGGGUCAUCGUCAGGCGACCUCCUGCCUGACCUCAAGGACCUUUCUCUCCCUGUGGGUCUCCUCCGUGCCGACGACAAGAGGAGUUCGUGCACCAAUACUUCAUGUGGAGGGGCGAAAAACGACUCCCUGUAUGAAGAGGUUACCAAGUACUACCGGAGGCAUUUCUACACCCCACGUGACAUAUUCUGGCUCAGCUGCAAUGCUAAUCCCAAGAAAUGCCAGCCCUACAUUACAACAGCUUCCACGGGUGCUUCAGACUCGUGGUUGUUGACUACCGCCAGUGUCAUGGGAACCGUGGACAUGGACCAGUGCUGCAAGACGACACGAGCGUUUAAAACUAUGUCCGGGCUGAUGACGACCUCGUCAGGAGUGCAGUGCACCGUGCUCACCCUGAACAACUUCUACCAGGUGGUCCACGUCGGCACCUGUGACACGAGCAGCCCCAACGGUUGUAGCGGCAGGUGCCGACAGGAGAUGUCGAAGGUGUCGCUGCUGUGUCUCCGCCAGGGGGCGCUGGAGUUCAACUUCUUUGACAUCCCGUCCUACUGCUCCUGCAAGGCCAGCUGAGACCAACCGUUGGACGAAAUGUUCAGUAAGACUUCUGUGCCUUGUGACAGUCGCAACAGGAAGACACACCUGUGCUGCAGCUUACCUGCCCAGGGUUCGAUUCCGGACAUUUCUUGUGCCAAAAGCUGUAUUCACACAACGUUGACCGGCCUUAUAUACAUAUAUAUAAUUCUGUGAUGUGUUUUGUCGAGGCACACGGCUUCAUUUUGAUAAACAAGGAGCAGCUCAACGAGAAGUUCUAUUCACAAAUUUUUGUUUUGGACAAAUAUUACACAGACCAGUGUCCGUGCAGGCUUUGUCCUUCGUAGGAAAAUGAUGGAGGUUAGGUGAGCAUAUGACUGGACUUGCUGGCUGCCUCACUCAUUUACCCCUCCCCCCUGACAACAUCCGUCCCCACCCUCUCUCAUGAACUCUGUCGUGAACUCUGUCAGUGAAUAUAGAUAUGUGUUGAACCAAGAUAAGUGCUAUGUGGAACAGUGGCGACAAUCAGCGAAUGGCAGAAGAUUUCACGAAGAAGUGAAUAUUUUGGGAGAAGAGGGAAGAUGUGAUAUAUCCAUGAACUUAACCUCCUCCAUCCAUCACUCAUUCACACGGGCGGCCGGUAGAGUUAAAACACUCGGUUGUCACUGGAGUGAGAGGACGCAGGUUCAGAUCUCGUCUCGGGAGAUUCUCUGUACGUGACACCUGCAAGAAAGGCUGACCGCCGGGGACAUAAAGAUCCCGUGUUUACAUAGUCAAGAUAAUAAUAAUAAUAAAUAAUAAUAAUAAUAAGAAUGUUUACUUACCACAGUAACGGUGCUUCUAUAACCAAAUAAAAAUCACGAACUUGUGUUAUAGUGUUGAACAUAAUGUAAUUAGAUCAACUCACAUCACUUCCAGUAUUUUCAUAAGAUAGUGAAAACUAACAUUCUAAAUAUAGACCAUUGACAACUAGAAUCCAUUGAUAAGAUUUAUCACCGAUAUCAGAAAUAAAAAACUAUUAUUUCGUUUGCUGGAAUGUUCCCAGGAAGGAGUGGCUACAGGCCACAGGUAGCAUUAGGAGGUGUUAAACAGGACGCGUGUAUUUAUGUUUCGCAAUGGUUAUUAAUAGAGUUUAUGAUGGUUUUUUUUUCUUUUGAAUAUCAUGGUAAAAUAUUUUCUGGUGACAGC